UGCAUAGGUGUGGACCAGGCCUUAGUGAUUGCAGUGACAUUUGCAAAGAAUGCCGACAUGCAAGGAAAAUAAAAGAAAGUAAUUUUGCUUGCACAUAAUCCGAUGAUGGAAUCUCAUUCACUAAAGUCUGGAGAUAGACGGACUGUGCAUUUGGAAAGGGAAUUAUUUCCUUUUAGUAAAUCAUCCCCAGUCUGUCUCCUGUGUUCUGCCCCAGCUCUCUGCACAGGUGAGAACAAUAGUCAGGUUGGUGAGCACACCUGUGUCCAAUCACAGGGGGCUUUUUAAAUAUCAUCAGUCACUCUAAUUGGGGGGGAGAAAACAAAAUAAUAAGAAUGAGAGGUCGCAGAAGAAGACGGCGAGGAGGAGGAGGUAGCAGCAGCUGCAGCAGAUCCCUGACGUCUUCUCUGACAGUGAUGGCAGAAAAUAAUGGCAUGGGAGAUGUUAAAGGUGGAGCCCCGCCAUACUCUCCGGCUCUAAGGCGUCAUUUGCAGACCAGGAGGGGAAGAGGCCGGGGGAAGGCUCGGCAUGGAUGGAAAGAAGAAAGACAACUCCGCUCCCAUGGAUUGUGGAAGAAUGUACAGGACCUGAAGACCGAGGAGGAUGAGCCCCACCUGACCAUGCGUCCGCGGAACAUUCGCUUCUCCCAAGCGGAGAACAUGGUCCUCGUCUCCAAACUGCUGCCGGUCUAUGAGAAGCUACUGGGCCAGCAGAAGUCCAAGAUCUCCUUCUACAAGAAAAGCCAGAUGUGGCAGGAGAUCUGCGCCGCUGUCAAUGGGGUGGGACACCGACAGCGAACCGUACAUCACUGCAAGAAGAGGGUCAACGACAUGAAGAGGCAGGUGAGGAACAAGAUGAACCGAGAGAAAAUCGAUGGGGACCAAGGAUCCCCUCCAAUCCAGGUCUACUACACCAAGUAUGAGGAGGAGCUGAAGAAGGUCCUGCCGGCCGAAAUCAUAGACGGCAUAGAGUUCUUUGAUUCCGAUCAACCGCAAGAUCCGUACCUGGAGGAGGAGGCCGGACCUUCAUGGUUUUCGCAUUCUCAAGACCAAGAUCGGCAGAAAGACAUUUUAUAUUCCGAUGCUGAACUCCCAAUUUCCUUGGAUUCUGAAACGGAGGAAUCUCCAGUAAUACGUGGCAAUUCUUUACAGGAGCAGUCGUCUGUACUCGCAGAUAUCACUCCAACAUACAGUGAAGAUUCAAACCCGUCGGAGCCCACCGUCACAGAUUCUCAUAUUCUGCAGACCAAAGAAAAUUUGCGUGGUCCCCCCAAAAAAAGAUCUCUGUAUUCAUCAAGUAAAAAGCUUCAUUCUACACUCUCUCGAGCCUUGACUCCUACUACAUAUCUAAAUAUCGUGAAGGCCAAUCAGCACUUGUUCCGCAAGAGCAUGAUGCAUGAACUGAACGUUCUACACGUGGAUUUCUGCCAGUUGACCGAUAAUAUCAAUGUGAAUUAUGAUACUGCUAAGAAAAUGCUGCAAGUAGAAACCCAAAGGAAUCACAUAUUGAUUCAGAUGAACAACAACAUUGACAGGCUUUCUGAAAGCAUCCAGCAGUUGGCCAACCAGCAACAAACUGACCGGGUCCUGAUACAUGACCUUCUACAAGAACGAAGGUCCAGGUGGAACCAAACGGGUGAAUUUCCUUGCGCUGCUCACUAGUCUGGCUUCUGCUGACGAGGAGACCUUUAUAAAAGUUACAGAAAAAUGAAAACUGGGAACUUUCUGCACUGUAUUUAAAGUGUACAGUUUGCUAUAGGUUUAUCUUGUACAAUAGUUCAGAAAUGCACAACUGUUAGAAAUUGAAUACUGAAUAAAUGAAAAAAAUAUCAAAAGCCAGUUCUCUAUAGCGAAUUA